UGACCCGGAAGAGGAUUGCUUGUGGGGCGGGGGUCAUGUGAAAAGGCUCUAUCUAGCGCGCUGGCAGCUGAAGGGAGGCCGGUCCCAGUGGCUAGAAGUGAGCAAAUGGUCGCCAUGACUCGGCCCCUGGGUUCCCUGGGAGGGAAAGGCACGGGCCAGAUAUGUUGAGUGACAGGAGGAGUCAGGACUCCUGGGUUCUCCCUGCCAAAGCCUCCUGUCUGACCUCCUGAGGCUCUUGGGUGCUGCUUGGGAGCUGGUGACUGACCCCAAACCGGAAGGGCUUGGCUUCGUGGGCCAUGACCAGCAACCUGGACAUCUUUGUGGGCAACACCACCCUCAUUGACGAGGAGGUCUACCGACUCUGGCUGGAUGGCUAUUCGGUGAAUGAUGCGGUGGCGCUCCGUCUGCGCAGCGGGAUCCUGGAGCAGACGGGGGCCACGGUAGAAGUGCUCCAGAGCGACACCAUGGACCACUACCGGACCUUCUACAUGCUGGAGCGGCUCCUGCAUUCGCCUCCCAAGCUGCUGAACCAGCUCCUCUUCCAGAUUCCCCCUUGUCGCCAGACCAUGCUGAUUGAGAGGUAUUACGCUUUCGACGAGGCCUUUGUGCGGGAGGUGCUGGGCAAAAAACUCUCCAAGGGCACCAAGAAAGAUCUGGACGACAUCAGCGUCAAAACUGGGGUGACCCUCAAGAGCUGCCGCCGGCAGUUUGACAAUUUCAAGCGGGUCUUUAAGGCCGUGGAAGAGCUCCGUGGGUCGCUGGUGGAAAACAUUCAGCAGCAUUUCCUGCUCUCAGACCGGCUAGCCAGGGAUUACGCAGCCAUCGUUUUCUUUGCCAACAGCCGCUUUGAGACGGGUAAAAAGAAGCUGCAGUACCUGACGUUUGAAGAUUUUGCAUACUGUGCCGAGCAGAUGAUUCAGAACUGGACUUUGGGGGCAGUGGAUACCAAUGUGGACGACAUGGAUGUUGACCUGGACAAGGAAUUCUUGCAGGGCCUGAAGGAGCUAAAAAUCCUGAUCGCUGACAAAGACUUGUUAGAUCUGCACAAGAGUCUGGUGUGCACAGCCUUGCGGGGAAAGAUUUCUGUCUACAGCGAGAUGGAAGCCAAUUUUAAGAACCUCUCCCGGGCUCUGAUCAACAUUGCCUCAAAGCUCACCCACAGCAAAGAUGUUCGGGACUUUUUUGUCGACCUGGUGGAGAAGUUUGUGGAGCCCUUUCGGUCAGACAGAUGGAGCCCGAAUGACGUGUGCCUCUUUUUGACGCAGUACACGGCUUGCGCUCACAACGCGUUCAGGCAUCAAGCUCUCUGGGAAAGAUACAUGGGGACGCUCAAAGCUUGCCUUCUGAAGAUGUACCAUGACUGAGCUCUGUGUUUUUAAAGUUUCAAUUUAAAAACAAAACACCUUCUCUGUUAGGAGCAACGAGUUCAAGGCGAAAGAGAAUCCAAGCCCUUUUGCAACGGGGAUUGUGGCUCUUUGCUCUUGCUGGUCACAGCCCUCACCCAUGAAUACGCAUUUGUGUCCACGCGCACCACCACGAACCCAGCCCUCACUCUUUUCUCUCCACAUCUUCACAAACAAGGGUUAAGCAGUUGUUCUUAAAAUAAAGGAGUGGUCCUCACAA